AUGGAUCGAAAUAGACUAAAAGUUCUCAACUUAGCAGAGAAUAUCAAGCACCUUUGCAAACUGGGGUCCGUACUCCAACGUGCUUUCUAUGGGUCUGGUGGCUGCGUGACCCUAUACGAGCAAAGGAACUUUUCUGGCAGGCGGUUAUCAGUAACCAGUGACUGCCCUAAGCUGUCAGAAUGUAACUUCCCUGAGAGAUGCAAUUCUGUGCAAGUGGAGAGUGGGGCUUGGAUUGGAUACGAAGGUGAAAAUUACAGUGGACGCCAGUACCUCUGGGACGUGUACGACAAACGAGAAUAUAGCAACUAUGAUAAGUGGCUUGGAACAUCAGAUCACAUCUCCUCUGUAAGAGCAGUGAGGGAAGAACGUUCUCCAUCUAAAAUUUGUUUAUAUGAAAAACCUGGCUUUUCUGGAAGGAAGGUGGAACUAGAAGAGGAUAUCCCAAAUCUCAUUUCACGUUUCAGCCUCAAUCGCUUUGCCUCUGCCAGGGUUCUUGGAGCAGUGUGGGUAGCCUACCAGGAUGCAAAUUACCGGGGCCUACAAUACAUUUUGGAAAAGAGAGACUUUAAUAAUUAUACUGAAUGGGGAGCAACUGCUGCUAAUAUGGGCUCCAUCCGACGUGUGCGUUUCCACUAA